AUUGUAUUGUGUAUAGUAUAGGGGCGUGUAUUUCGGAAUCGGUGCGGUAACGAUAACGUACGGGUCGGUUGUGUUAUGUUAACCAACGGACCUAGAAUGUUACGAGGACGUGUAAAACAUUUACUGCACUGUAUUUUUUAUUUCUCCUUCAUAUUUCUGUUCCUCGUAUUCGCUGGUGCCAUUGAUUUAAAUGAAGAGAAAAAUGCUAUUCCGGAUCCCUGGGAGACUUACGGAUUUUACGGGGCAAGCCUCCUUUACCUCCUCAGGUUAUGUACCUUGCUGACAAUACCUCAGGUGCUGUGCAAUUUUGCUGGAUUAAUAUUUUUCAACACCUUUCCGGGAAAGGUAAAACUAAAAGGUUCCCCAUUACUGGCUCCCUUCAUCUGCGUAAGAGUCGUGACUAGAGGUGACUUUCCAAAACUGGUAAAGACUAAUGUUUCAAGAAACAUGAACACUUGUGUUGAUGUCGGAAUGGAGAACUUUAUGAUAGAAGUUGUCACAGAUAAAGCGUUGAAUCUACCAAAGCAUAGAAGAGUAAGAGAAGUUGUAGUGCCAUCUGAAUACCAGACAAAGAGUGGGGCUCUAUUCAAGUCUAGGGCGCUCCAGUAUUGUUUAGAAGACAAUGUCAAUAUAUUGGCAGAGACUGAUUGGAUAGUGCAUUUAGAUGAAGAGACUCUAUUGACUGAGAAUUCUGUUCGGGGUAUUUUGAAUUUUGUGCAAGAUGGACAGCACCAAUUUGGGCAAGGCCUAAUCACAUAUGCUAAUGAGCAAGUGGUCAACUGGCUGACCACCCUGGCGGAUAGCUUCCGAGUGGCAGAUGACAUGGGCAAGCUGAGGUUUCAGUUUUAUUGGUUUCACAAGCCUCUGUUCAGUUGGAAAGGCUCCUAUGUAGUUACACAGAUGGGUGCCGAAAAGAGAGUUUCGUUCGACAACGGUCUGGAUGGAUCCGUGGCUGAGGACUGCUACUUCGCCAUGAAAGCGUACAUGGAAGGUUAUUCAUUUAAUUUUAUAGAAGGUGAAAUGUGGGAAAAGUCCCCGUUUACAUUAUGGGACUUUAUGCAGCAGAGAAAAAGAUGGAUCCAAGGUAUUCUUUUAGUAGUCCAUACUAAGCAAAUACCAGUAUUUAAUAAGAUCUUUCUAGCCAUAUCAUGUUAUUCUUGGGUGACGCUACCCUUGUCAACUAGUAAUGUAUUUUUAGCCGCUCUGUGCCCAAUUCAUGGGCCUCAGUUUUUGGAUUUAAUAUGUGGAUUUAUAGGUGCUGUCAAUAUUUACAUGUACAUUUUCGGGGUAAUUAAAUCCUUUCCUUUAAAUAGAUACGGCCCUAUCAGAUGUAUCAUGUUUGUUGUCGGUGCUCUGGCAACUAUACCACUUAAUAUUAUUAUUGAGAAUAUUGCUGUAAUAUGGGGGGUUUUAGGCAAAAAGCAUAAAUUUUAUAUUGUAAACAAGGAGGUGAAGGUCCCAGUGACAGUGUGAUUCUCCAGUUGUUUCGUAUCACACUGUUAGUUUUUGUUACUAUGCACAAAAUACUUUAGUGAAAUCAUUUUGCACUUAAACUCGAGUGUGCUGAUGAGAAUGCGUGUUGAUAAAUGGAAAAUUGGAAUGUGCGGAAAAUUAAGUAUUGUUCGUUUCUAAAUUAAGCAAGUGACUGAUAUUAUAAAGAAUAGGCCAAGUAUAACCUACCUAUAUUUGCCUGGUCACUUCUAAGCAAAAAUAGGUAGGUAUAAAUUUCAACUCAACUUGAUAUACGUGUAAUAAAAACCUAUUAUACCUAUUUAAUUUAUACAAUUGAUUAUAUGAUUGAAUGAUUGUUAGUUCCAGGAAAUAAUUACACUAUCUGUACAUAAGCCAGAAAUUAAUAGAUACCUAAAUAUCUUGUGAUAAGUUGGCACCAUGGUAAUGGAUGUUAAUAGAUAAAAUGCGUGUGUACCUACACUAUCUAUCUAGUUUAGCAUAAUAGUUUAAAACCAUUGAUAGGUAUAUAAUUAUGAUUAGGUAAACUUUCGUCAUUAUUUGUGUUCAAUUUUGAGUAGAAUUCUUGUUGCUGUUUUAAAGCAAAUCACUCAAUUGGAAACCUGAGGUAAAGUUGGGUUUCCACACAUUUUAUACCUAUUUUUAACUUACGCACCGUGUACUUAAUAUUUGAAACAAAAUAAAUUAAUCUUAUUUUAUAGUAUUUGUGGUAGAAUAGGUAAUUAAAUAGAGAAUAACCGAUAGAACAUAACUUUUAAAACAUAAAUUUGUGUUUGGUAAAAGAUAUAUUUUAUCUACAAUUAUGAACGUUUUGUGAUGUUAUUAUGAAAACACGACAUACACUACCGCCAUAACUAUUUAGGCACUCGUAAUUUUUUCCAUACAAUUGUAUACAAAAUCGACUUUUAGAAUUAUACCGCUAAGUCGCAGUCGGGUAACAGUUUUUUGUGCAGUUCAAAAUCAGCUUCAAAAUGAUGUGCAGAAAAUUCGUGUACAUUGCCUAUUUACUAAAUGGCAACCGUAAAAAAAAUCCAUAAAUCAUUUUCCAGUACAAAAUCGUUUUAUUUUGUAUAAACUAGUACAUAAGGGUUUUUUAAAUCGUUGCAUAAAGUAAACUCGAAAUUUUAAAGGAUGUCUUUGGCAAUAAUUUGAGGCUUAAUAUAUUUACCUAAAUAAAAAUUCAAUCCAACAUGUAAGAGAGUCAUUUGCCUGCGAUCGAACUGUAUGAUAUUAAAAAUAUUUUUUGUAUACAAUUGUAUGGUGAAAAUUGCGGGUGCUUAAAUACCUACUUUUGAGCGGUAGUGUAAUUAUAUAGGUACAUACUUACGUUCUUAAAUAGGUGUUGGAACAACAUCCCACCUCCUAUCAGAAACCUGCAAAGCAUUCAUAGUUUUAAAACAACUUUAAAAAAGUUUAUGCUCAAACAUCAAUUUAACGAGGAAUGCCUCAAACUUGAGACAAGCUACAUUUAGAUUCAAUAUAGAUUAUUAUAUUUACAUAAGUGUAUUAAGUAUGUACUUACUGCCUUUUUUGUCCCUUCCGCAACCGCCACUCACUCUCAUUUUUAUUAUUUAACGAAUCGUUGUUUAUUUUUAUUUUUGCAUCUUGUUUGUUUUAAUUAAUCUUGACGUGUCUUUUAUUAUUUGUUUUAUACUGUGUUAGUAUUCUUAGAACUGCACUAGUUCAUGGCCCCGACGGAAGAUCAGCGCUAGCCCAGCCAGGCUAGCACCAUGCUGAGUCGGGACCAUUUCGUGGCUUAUAUUAUUUAUGUUGUGUUUCCUAUGUACGUGUUUUCCUCUUUAUUGCCACGAAUAAACGCUAUCUAUCUAUCAAAAUAUAUUUCACACAUAACAUGUAAAUAAACAUCGUUUAUGAAGUUUCGUUUAAAAAAAUGUAAUGGAAUGCAUAUUUAUAGUUAUACAUAUAGUUUACAAAACAGUGUAGGUAAAGUAUGCCUUGCAUGUAUGUGACGUUUUCAACCAAAAGGUACCACAUUGUCGCUUGUCGAUAAGGUCGAUUUCAAAUUAAAGCUAUAUGGAAAUAGCGCCUUACUGACAACUUGAUUGAGAAUGGCACAUAUUGCGAGUUAUAGAUACGAAAAGAUGUUUGUAAGCGAUCUCUGCUUUCAGUUUGAAAAUUAAAUAGAUACUUAUUUAAAAUACGUAUCACAUAGCGUGUUAUUUACGCAUGACGUCAUUGCAAAAGAGGGCCAUUGGAACCAAUGACUGUUUAUUAGUGUUCUCGACCUUCUAUUCAUGCUGUAGGCACAAUUGUUUGUACGUGACAGUUUUUAUAACUGACACCAUACAUUACAGAAUUAUUUAUAAUAGAUAUUCAUGUUUGUGAACACCCAUUAAACUUUUUUUUCUUACAUGCACGGAAAUAUUGGCAGUAAUGUUAGUAAGUACUUAGUUGUUGGUGAUAAAUUUAUGUUUUUUUUAAAUACUACGUCGGUGGCAAACAAGCAUACGGCCCGCCUGAUGUUAAGCAGUCUCCGUAGCCUAUGUACGCCUGCAACUCCAGAGGAGUUACAUGCGCGUUGCCGACCCUAACACUCCUCUCCCUCGAGCUCUGGCAACCUUACUCACCGGCAGGAACACAACACUAUGAGUAAGGUCUAGUGUUAUUUGGCUGCGGUUUUUUGUAAGGUGGAGGUACCUCCCCAGUUGGGUUCUGCUCUAGAUCUGGAAUGACAUCCGCUGUCCUGUGCCCUACCACACAAAGCGAGAUGUCAUUCGCAGUGCCCAUACCUCUCUUUUGGACAUAGUUUAAGGACAUACCCGGAUCCGGACGUAGUUUAUGGACAUACCCGGGUCCAAAAGUAUCGAAAAUCUGCGAAGUAUCUUCUUACGUGGGCUUUUUUUGAGACGCGCCGGCAAUGCAUACAGUAUUAACGGCCUAGGUCGGCAAAGUGGGUUCGGCACAUCAUGCGUACA